UUAUUUCAUCAGACUUGGAAUUUUUCUGUUUAAUCUUAAAAAUAAUUUAGAAAGUGAAAUUUAAUUGAGUUUAACAUAUCAACAUGUUAAUAACAAUAGGUCAUAUAUUAAUGAUUUACUUAAUCUAUUUAAAAUAAAUUUUAGAUGAAAUUAUAUUUUUGAAAUAAAAUAUAUAAUAGUCAGUAUACAAUGUUUUACUCAAUUUACAGUAUACAAAUUUUAUUUAAAUUUAUUAUUUGAAAAUAAAUUUUUUAUCGAUAUGGAAAUAAUUCAUAUUUUUUUGGAAGGUAAGAUUGAUGCAUUCGUAGAAGAUAAUAAGGAUAUGCGUAGAACUUUUGCGGCACAAUUGGACAAUCAACUACAAAAUUCUUGGGAAAAUCUUCAACAAGUUCUAUCGGAUUAUCAAAACAAAACGAAGGAUCGUCGAAAAUGUUACGAGACACUCAAAGAGAAGGACACAAAAGAUCAGCAAGUAAUAGCACAACAAUUAUUGCGUAUUACAAGUCUUUUUGAAGAGAUACAAAAGUUUCGAAAUAAAAUAAUGACGUAUGACGUCACGGCUAAGAAAGAAAUUUCCGAAAUUCUGAUGGAACAUGACUUUUUCCAAAAUGCUUUCUGGACCGUAAAAAAUAAUCUCCUCUUAGAACUGACAAAAGAUAAGAAUCAAUUAAAAACAAUGUCAAUUGAAUAUAACAAGACUAUAAAACAUUUAGAGAGUCUUGUAACUAAAGGCAAACAACUGUUUGCGCUGAUGCAUAUCUGUCGUAAGUACGACAUGCAGAAUGAGAAAGAAAUUCCGUUUGUUGAUUGUACAGAAGAGAAAAGCUCGUCAACUCUCUCGUCACAUCAAGUCUCUGCUUCAUUAGACUGGGAUAUGUUCUGUCAGGUUAAAGACUUUCAAGAUCUGACAAAUUUUUGGCGACGAUUCAAUUUUGUGCAAAUAGCUAUUAUGCAAUUACAAUCGGAAAAAGAUAAGUUGAAACUCGAGACAAACCACUUGCGCAAAUGUAUCAGUUCUUACAUGAUGGAAAAAAAAUAAAAAAAAA